UCCUCUGGACUAUGCGCGGGUGGACACGUGACGUCACGAUACUCAGGAGCCGCUCUCGUCGCUAAGAUGACUCGGACGAUCCUGCUGGCGCUCGCGGCCUGCGUGUUAGCGGUGCCGGCGAGGUGUUACCCCGGGUGUCCGGGUCUGUGCCCGCCCUUCUUCCCGCCGCCGUCCUGCGAGUGGCCCGCGCCUUCGCCCUUCCACCGGCCGGCUCCUCCUCCCGACGCCUGCUGCGGCCUCCUGCGCGACGCCUUGGCCGACGAGCUGCUGUACCGCGCGCUGCUGCUGCGGCGGCCGCCGGCGGCGGGGUUCCUGUCCGGGUACCCGGGGUCCCUCGGAGAGCCCGCGCUCCCGGCGAGGCUGCCCCCGCGCCGGCGACACGCCGAGCAGCUAGACUGGCGCCCGGAGCAGAGGGAGCCACGCCGAGGUCCGCACGACGCGCCGCACCAGGAGAGCGUGCCUCUACCCAGCCAGGAGCAGGACGAGUUGUUCUUCGACAAGCUCGUGUCCGAGCGAGGGCCGCGCGCCGACGUCUCCUCCGAGCCGGACAACACCUCCCGGCCCGCCGACGACAACAACAACAACGAUCCCUCCCCUCCUUGGGCGCGCGCCCCGCCCGCCUACCAGAUGUGGGAGCCGUACUCCCGCCACGCCGGGCUGGCGGUCCCGGGCAAGUGGCAGCUGCAGGAGGACAGGUCCUCCUCCUCCGCCGCCGCCGCUGCUCCGCUCUCCAAGGACCUCGAGUCCUUCCGCGACGCGUCCCUGCCGGAGGACCUGGGCCGGCACGACCGCGUGCAGGUGGAGAGCGUGUGGCCGCACCCCAGCUUCAACCGGAGGGCAGCCGAGCUGCUGGUUGACGCCUCCAGGGGCGCCGUGUCCACGACGGCGGCUUCCGAGGACUCCGGCGGGCGAUCCUCCGCCUCCUCGACCUCUUCGGCGGCCGAGGGCAGACCCGGACCCGCGCCGUCGGCGAAUCAGGCCUCAGACCUGAGGAACUACCUCGCCGGCUCCCUCUUCGACAAGGCCUUCAACUACUACCCGGACCAGCACUACAAGUCGCGCUUCGUCCUGUAGAACCACGCCCCGACCUCUACCUCCAACGCACAGCACUGAAAGAAAAUUUUUGCAUAUUUCACAAGGAAAAUCUUUGGAAAAACCCUGUUGCCAAGGACAUUACUUGUAAAACUACGAGGCAGAGCUUUGUACCACAUGUGCGAUUUUUGCAAGGCUCUGCCUUGUAGUUUUGCAAGAAAUGUCCUUGGCAACAGGGUUUCCAAGAAUUUCCCUUGUAAAAGUACAAAUAUUUUUUUUAGAGUGCACACUGGAGAGAGAAAGCUUUUUUUUUU